AUGGGCGCUCAGGGCCCCGGCUGCGCUCCGCCUAUGCCCGAGGGAGGCUCAGAGGACCGAGGGCCGCGGUCCGCGGCGGGCCCGAAUCAGACACCUCCGGGGCCACGUGGCCCUGAGCCACGAACGGGAGUGUGCGGCGGGGGGGGGGGGGCGCUGACAGUGGGCGGGCCUGGAGAGGCCCAGGGCGGGAGGGCGCCGAGACCUCCGCACCCCUCACCCCAACCCCAAGCCCAGGCAUGCACGCCCGACCGGCCGCUCGGGGUCCCGGAAACACUCCGGGCCCCCGGGCCGGGCCAGGUUUGCUGGCCAGGGUUGCCGGUGUGUGGGGACUGGGAGGCUUCGGCCGGGCUGCCGGCCCUGGCCGGCGCGCCCCGUGGAAAGGUGCGGCCGGCUGGCUCGACACGGCACAUCAGAGCGAAAAGCAGGCGCAGCGCAGGGUUUUUAAAGGCGCCUGGCGGCAGCCGCCUCCAUCUAAGAUCAUACCACCCUGAACGGGCCAGAUGUCUUCUGAUCGGGGAAACUAAGCAGGGUUAG